UACUAGGGUUGCGUUCUACCACAUGUUCCAAAAUGUCUUCUAGCGAAGAGGAAACACACAUUGAGGAACAGAUAAGUGAACAGAUUGACCAUGACACAGGUGAAAAUGUGACAUUUAAAUCUCUAGGGGUAGUUGAUGUGUUGUGUGAAGCAUGUGAAGGCCUAAAAUGGAAGUCUCCGUCGAAGAUUCAGAGAGAAUCGAUUCCCGUAGCUCUGACUGGAAAGGAUGUGAUUGGGUUGGCAGAGACAGGGUCGGGAAAAACAGGUGCUUUUGCUCUCCCAAUAUUGCAGAAACUGCUAGAAACUCCACAGAGACUUUUUGCACUUGUAUUGACACCGACGAGAGAGUUGGCCUUUCAGAUCUCGGAACAGUUUGAAGCUUUGGGUGCAAAAAUUGGAGUGAAAUGUUGUGUCAUCGUUGGUGGUAUAGACAUGAUGAAUCAAGCGCUAAUGUUGGCUAAAAAGCCUCAUGUUAUUGUUGCAACACCAGGAAGACUUGUCGACCACCUUGAAAAUACUAAAGGCUUCAAUCUUCGGUCCUUGAAAUUUCUGGUGAUGGAUGAAGCCGAUAGAAUACUAAACAUGGAUUUUGAGCAAGAAGUAGAUAAAAUAUUAAAGGUCAUUCCUCGUGAAAGAUCAACAUACUUGUUUUCUGCAACAAUGACAAAGAAGGUAGCGAAACUGCAGCGAGCAUCAUUGAGGGAUCCAGUCAAGGUUGAAGUGUCAUCCAAGUACCAAACUGUUGAGAAGCUGCUCCAAUAUUAUAUUUUCAUACCAGUGAAAUACAAGGAUGUCUACUUAGUCUAUAUUCUGAAUGAACUGGCAGGGAACUCGUUCAUGGUGUUCUGUGCUACUUGUGCAAACACGCAGAGAGUUGCAUUGAUGUUGCGCAAUCUUGGUCUCAUGGCCAUACCUCUUCAUGGUCAAAUGAGUCAGGCAAAACGUCUGGGAGCUUUGACCAAAUUCAAGAGCAAAUCAAGGUCCAUUCUUAUUGCUACUGAUGUUGCAAGUAGAGGGCUAGAUAUCCCACAUGUGGAUGUUGUGAUAAAUUUAGACAUACCCACUCACUCAAAAGAUUACAUUCACAGAGUUGGAAGAACAGCUAGAGCUGGGAGAGCAGGAAAAUCAGUCACAUUUGUGACCCAAUAUGAUGUUGAACUGUAUCAGAGAAUUGAGCAUUUGAUUGGCAAGCAAUUGCCGUUGUAUAACACGGAGGAGCAAGAAGUCAUGUUGCUGAUGGAACGAGUGUCGGAGGCGCAGAGACAUGCAAAGGUUGAGAUGAGUGAGUCAGGAAGCAAGAAGAGAAGGGUCCCCAGACCAGAUGCUGAUGAUGACACUGAAGAGUCAAGCGGGGUCAGAAAGAAAAUGAGAAGGAAAAACAAAUAUUGACAAUAUCAUUAAUGCAGCAGAAUAUGAGACUGAAUUUGUCUGGUUUUGUUAGGAAAAUUAAUCACCAACAUUCAUGGAUAGGCUACAAGUGUCAUGAAUAUGAUUAAAACACAAAUGCAUGAUA